AUGGCUGGGACGGCGGCCUCCCCGGCCUCACCACCCUCUCCUGCCACGCUUGCUCGCCGCUCGUCCAGGCUGCCUCCUGCAGGGAGGUUUCGCAGGGAGAAUGGCGGCAUGAUAGCCCCGCGCGCGGCCGUCUCCGGGCCUGCAACGGCGACGCUCCCUUCUCCCCUGCCACAGGUUGGGCAGGCGUGGGAGCUAUGCUCGCAAGCGCCGCCCAUCCCGUCCGUGCUUGCUGCGGCCUCGGCGUCUGGCCCGUCGCCGGCCGGCGAGCUGCUGCUGCCUUCUGGAGCCCCAUCUUGGUCUUCUGUUGUCGACGAUGUGGAAGACGAAGAGGAGCUGACCCCCCAGACGCCGCCGCCUUCUUCAACUCCGUCGAGUCCCCUAGUCUGCCCGGUCCAGGUUGGUAGCGGGCCUGUGGAGGCUGCAGCUGUGCCGCCCGUCGUGUCCAAGUUCAGGGCUUCCAAUGUUGUCGGCGUCGAGGAGGACAAGGAGGAGCUUGCCCCCCAAUCGCCGCGGUCGGCUGCUGGCAUCCUUGAGGCCAGUGCAGGGGCGCUGGCCACGCCGUGGCCUCCUUCUUGGGUGUCCGCUGCGGACAAUGACAAUGAGGACGACAAAGUGGAACUUGCUCCCCAGACACCGCCGACCACCAAGUCCUUCAAUGUUGUUGCCGAUGUUGACAAAGUUGAUGACAAGGAGGUGGAGCGUGUGGCGGGCGAGCGUGAUGGCUGGCAGGAGGUGCGUGGCGGAUGCCCGGUCUUUCCUUUUCCUCUUACUGGUGCGUGGGAGUUUGCCGGCUGCGUCGACGAGCAGCGCCGGCAAGCGAUUGGUCUUAUUCUCCUGCUGGCGUCCGUGGUGGACGACGGCGGUGAGAAGGUUCGGUCGGAGCUCCUGCUCUCCUUUGAAUAA